GCGACUCUGGCUCGCACAGCACACGCCUCCUCGUCUCUACGCGCCGGGCAACGAGCUGGAGCGCAGUGUUCACGUCGGUAACGCGCCUCUAGUCCUCUGGUGGUUAUUAGAGACAAGAGCUCCCCGCACUUUCCUAUACCAUUUAAAAUACUGUGUGCAGAGUUUUUCAUAGCUAAAAACGUCCGUGAAAAUUACUCGUUAUAGCCUUUUCCACUGUCCGAAACGUACGGGUUAAUAGAUGGAAUGAAACUUUUAUAGGCAAGUGCAAUGACUCUUAAAUACUACUCGUAAUCAGACACUUUUAAUACAUGUUGAACGGUUUGUAAAUGGCACGUUCAGACCCGGAGAUCUGUACGCUGUUUAGGAACCUAGCCAGGCGGCAGUCUUAAGGGGGUGCCUUAUAUUUCAGGUCAUGAUUGUAUAUUUACUUUAAUCACAGAUAAACUCGUAGACUUUUUAAAUAGUUUUACUUUAAGGAAAUAAACACUAUAUACAUCGCAUAAUUUUUGCAUGGUUAACUGCCAAAAUUACAUUUUUAUUGUUUUUUGGAGGCGUACAAAUAAAGAAAGUCAACUGGGAAACUGGACUAAAACAUUCUAGGCUUAAAAGCAAUGAAACUGGCAACUAUAUGAUAUUGUUUUUAUGUAAAUUCAAAAAACUAAUUCCAGUUAGCUUAGCUGACAAAUCCUCACUAACUCGAGGGUUUUAAAAGGCCAGAAACCGUUUCGUGACUUAGACCUGUUGGCCAUUUGAUUCUCUUUAUUUGAACGCCAAAAAAAACCGUUAAAAAUUCAUGUUCUCAUUUCUUGGAAGUUACACCGUUAAAAAAAAAUUGGUUGUCUGUAAAGUCGGUUUACGGACGAUAGUUUAACGUGGCAACGUCAUAACAAAACAUUGAUUAAAUGAUUACAUACUUAUAUGAAUAAAAUAGAAUCAUUUUUAUUUUAAUAAUAAAAGAAUAAAUACUUGAAAUUAUACAAAUCAGUUUUCUAAUUCCUGCAAGAAUAAUUAACCUUUAUUGCCGAAAUUGUUGUUGUAAUAAGCAAUGCAAACCACAUUAACUUUUCACUUCAUAUUAUAAACAGUCGACGAAACAGUUCACGUGUAGAUGACUUGUUAUUAAUUUUAAAAACUGGCGUUUAGUAUAAAGUUUAAAUAUAAUUUUGAACAAGUUUUCAUAUAAAUAAAUGUAAUCAAAUAUCUAUCAUCAAUUAUAUGAAUCACCAUAAUUUUUUAGCCAAUUUAUCAGCGUAAUGGGACACAGCAUAACGGAACAAUGUGCGUUCACUUUUUCGUGCGUGCAGCCGGCGUUCAUCGAUUUAUUAGAUGUCACGUCAAAAAAGUCUACAUGUUUACCAGAAUUUUACUGAAAUAUAAAACAGUGACCUGACGUGUGACGCGUCCACGCGGCUGUCCCUGGCGUCGUCGCCGGGAAUCCAAUAAAGCAGACGCGGGAGUCUUGACCCUGGCCCUCUUCGCCCGGCUACCCCCUCCCAACACCUUAUCAAGGGCCACUGGGCCAGUGCGGGCUGAUUACCAACACCAGCGGAAACUUGCGAAUUUUUUAAUUUUCAUAGUUAAGCGAUAUUUGUUAAAAAAAAUUAAUUCUGAAAAUACUUUUAUUAGGUAUAUGCUCUUUAACUUCCUCUUUUCAUUAAACCCGGCGGAGAUAAGAAAUUCCAAAUACUUUAGGAGAUAUCGAAUUUUUUAAUUUCAAUCACAAUACCUGUGCAUUCAUGCGGCUAUCACUUUGUUUCUGGUUUACGAGUAUGAAAAUUUUUUUUCUUGCGGCGUUCACCCGCCUCUAACUUAGGUGAGUUUUUAAUGUUUCAAAUUUUAAUGUUUUAUUUGUUAUUUGGAUAUUGUUGCGGAAGUAAUAAGUAAAAAAUAAUUACGUGAGUUCCUACUGUUCAUCAUUUGUCCCGGUUUGUUUGGUCAGGUCAGUUAAUUAUAAAUACUUUAAAACUAAACAACCAUUAAAAUUAAUUCACAUUAUUUUUAAUGUCCACUUAGUUUGGAAGUAUUUAUAAUGUAACUGACCUGACCUAAUCGACUAUUUUAAUUAAUUAGGCAUUCACUAACACACGGCAAAAUAAAAACAUGGGACGGUCGAAUGAUUGCACAGGUCUUGUAUAGCAAAAUAAAAACGGCGAUAUCUCCUAAAGUACCUAUUUGGAAUUUCUUAUCUCCGCCGGGUUUAAUGAAAAUAGGAAAUUCAAGAGCAUAGAAUAAACGUAUUUUCGGAUUUUUAACUUUAUUUUUCAGAAAUACCGCUAAACACUACAUAUUUACUGCUUGCUGGAAUAACUGCAAAUAGUGUGAGCAGUUAGUUAGGGGUGAGCUGCAUUAAUGAAAUGUAUAAAAUAAGUGUUAUUAAUGUAGCUACCCUAACCUUACUAACAUCUCACUUUAUUAUAGGUACAUGUUCAUUAUUUAUCAGAAGCUGCUACUCUGCAUAAUUAUUUUGGGUAAUUGUUCAGUUCAGCCAACAUUUCUGUAAAACUCUAUAUAAAAAUCGAAACCUCACAUAUAAAAUAACUUAUGUAUUCAUUAUUUUCGUUUAAUAUUAAAAAAAGCUAAAAAUCGUUUAUUCACGGUUUCCCGAUAUCGCCUGAAACGUGUCGGCACUGUACACAAACAUCAAAGGAAAAAAAUAUGGUCAUGGCUACUGUUUGUAUGGUCUAGCUUUGUAAUGUAAACAAAAAACAGCCAUAUCUCCAAAUUGGUAAGGAAUUUCGUAAUGCACCUAUUUGCAAAAAAAUCAGUAAUUUUUUUGCCACAAAAUUAUAUUUGUUUCAGAUUUUUAAAUUCAUUUUUACAAAUAAGUGGCCUAAAUGAAGCUUUACCUUGUCUUGUCUUGAUUAAAUGGUGUGUAAAAAUAUUAUAUUUUUAUUUUAUUAAGCCAUUAUAUUUUUAUUUUAUUAAGCCUUUUUGAAAGAAUUCAGAGUGUUGUAUGUUAAGAUAGCUAAAAAGUUUGGUACGGUAGUAGAUUUUAAUUGAGGAAUUUUGUUUAUUUUCAUAUUAAUUUUAUUUAUAUUUUUAAUUACUUACUUAGCAUAUAGUUGAUCUAUUAUCAAGUACUCAUGAUUGUAUAGGACACAGGCCUAUAAAUUAUGAAAACUGAAUUCUUUACAAGUGUUAGUACAUUUUGACGUCGUACCGACCAUGGCCUCUAAGCCCGUGCUCCGCACCGGUUCCGGAUCCCGUUUUUGGAGCGCACCCCUAGCCCAGCCGGAAUGAGUCAAACGAGCGCCCCGGGCGUGACCUCAAUAAACUCGAAUAAACUUCAGGACACGAGACCCCGGGGACUCGAUUUCAUAAAACACUCAAUGAAUGAGACACUAGGACAAUAGUAAUUAUUCAUAAGCAUUAAGCAAGUGCAUCGUAGGUAAUCCGUGCGAGCACCGCACGCACAGAGUGGGCAACGAACCUCAUUACCAGUCGCCGCGGCCACUGGCCUUAAUUACAGUGCCCGUGAACCUGAUCAAGUCAGGUUAGGGGAAAUCCAACCUAAACAAUUUACACGGAGACAAUUUGUCACUAUAUUGACAGUCGCCAACUUGGUGCGACAUUUCAAAUCAUUAAAUAAUACAAAACAGCUGUUAAGCCUUAAGCACCCAAUUACCAGGUGCUAGAUUUUAUUUAAGCUCCUGGAAUGUGUUUUUUUGUUAUAAUUAAACCAAUUAAUAUAAGUUUUUGGCGCCAUCUCACAAGGGAAGUGAAAGUCCCCCCCCCCCCUGCCCCAUCCCUUGCGAGGCGGCCAUGUUCGGCAGUCUCGAACCACUCUGCGCCGGGUCAGGACGUGUUCGUCCGUGAGCAGCCUUCACCUUUGUGCUCACCGAUCGCUCCUUCUGUAAGUAAUGUAAUCACGUAAGUAACCUUCUAAUUCGCUGCUGCUCACGUCGACCCGGCGUGUAUUCCGCGGAACCGGGCCUAUCCCGACCGCCUUUUUAGUGAUUUUGCACCGCGUCGCGGAUCACGCCACUUACGGUACUGGCAGACUCCAGCCACAGUGUUUUUUUAGUUAAUUCGCCGCGCAUACACCUGCCGGCUCCAACGUCACGUAAAUUUUACAGUUAAUUUAGGGUCACGCUCGUCAAGGCCCCCCCCACCCCAAACUCGUUAACUCUCGGCGCUGGCCAUUUCCAGCAAACAUUAAUCACGUUCCCGCGAGACAGCCGCGGUAAAACCCAAGGGUUGUUGUAGUGUUGUGUUUUGUUUUAAAGUGUAAAUGUAAUACGGCGUAGAUGCCGCACAGCACAUUAGCGCGGUUUGUGUAGCGACUUUGUACCGCGUAGUGUACGUGUAGGGCGUACAAGGUACCCACGCGUACCACCGGAAAGUACGUGAAUUAAAUACCGUUUAAUAUAAACUGUGUUGUAUAUCGUCAUUCUGCACCCUUCCGUCCUCCACACGGCCGAGCGCCGCAACUCAGGAUAGGUUUCAAGCCGCGUACCUGGCGGGGCACGCGGGGGCAGAGUACCCACGACCCACCAUCAACGGCCUAGCAGCCCGCUAGCCUGGCACCCCCCGGACAUUAGCAGCACCACGACGCCCGUAGCGCCCGUCAGGUACCUCCCGGGCCUUAAUCAGAGACAUGGGCUGACAUCAAGAGCAAUGCUAGAAGGAAGACAGUUGAUGCCAAAGCUGCUAAGCUACGAACAGGCAAUAAAAAUCCAGUGGUGGUAUUAAGCACCCUGGAUGAAAGAAUUUUAUUCAUUUUAGGUCCCGCAUCAUCUGACGGGAUGCCACUGGAAGAAGGUGACUUUGGUCUGCAGUUAAUGGAUGUGGAAUUACAUGGGGCUGCUGAACAAAACCAAAAUGAUCUACUUUCUUUUGACUUGUGCAGAGAAGUUGUUAACAGUCCAGUGGCAGAAGUGAUUUCACCAAGCACCAGUACUGCACCCAGCACUGAUGCUGUGGCCAGCCCCACCGCCAUUGCCACUCCCAGCACCGGGAAAGGUGCUGUGAAAACACGCUUGUCUUCUCAUCACAAGAAAGAUAAGCUUCCAAGAAGAAAUCUUCUUAUGAAAAGAUUCGGGGACCAAUUGAGUGCCAUACAAGAACGGCAGCUGGCAGCUGAUCUGCGAUGUGCAGAGAUGAGCAAAAGUAACUGUGUGCAAACUAGAAUCGCUGAAUGUCUGGAGAAGUUGCUCCGAGUGCUGGGGGACAGGGUUUGAAAAUGAGAAGUUAAAAUAAAAGAAUGUUAAAUUAA